AACAAAAAGGUUGCGUUUUUGAGGUUCCACAAGAAGAACUGCUGGGAUUCGUAGACAGAAUCAUCGAUGGCCUCGGUAGGUUCUUCUUACUGGUGCUACAGAUGCAGUCGUUAUGUCAGUGUUUGGGGUCGCGAUACCAUUGUCUGCCCCGAAUGCGAUGGAGGAUUUGUUGAAGAGGUCGAGAACCCUUCCGGGGCUGCACAUGAUGAGGCUCGGCAUCGACGGUUCCCUGCCGCUGCUAUGUACAUGCUUGGGAAUCGACAGGCUUCUGAUCAAAACAGGUAUUUAGGAUUACGCCGCAGCCGGAGGAAUGGUGGUGAGCGCUCACCUUUCAAUCCUGUUAUUGUUCUCAGAGGGCCUGCCGAUGGCGUUGGCACCGAAGUUGGUGGUGGUGUUGGCGAAGGGGGGGCCUUUGAGCUGUACUACGAUGAUGGUGCUGGUUCAGGCCUUCGUCCGCUGCCUGCUAGCAUGUCGGAUUUCUUGAUGGGAUCAGGGUUUGAUCGCCUGCUCGAUCAGCUGACCGAUAUCGAGAUCAACGGAGUUGGGCGCUGCGAGCAUCCUCCGGCUUCCAAGGCUGCCGUGGAGUCCAUGCCGACAAUUGAGAUCGUUGCCAGCCAUAUUGUCACUGAAUCCCACUGUGCCGUCUGUAAGGAACAGUUCGAGCUGGGUUCGGAGGCCCGUGAGAUGCCUUGUAAGCACAUCUAUCAUUCCGAUUGCAUCCUCCCUUGGCUUUCUCUUCGGAAUUCUUGCCCCGUCUGCCGCCACGAAUUGCCUACAGAUGUCCGUGGCAGAAACUCAACCGAGUCUGAUGGAAGCCAGGGCAGGCAAUCUCCAGGGGUAGCUGACGAAGACACGGUGGGGUUGACCAUAUGGAGGCUACCUGGUGGUGGAUUUGCAGUUGGGAGGUUUUCUGGGGGUAGACGAGCUGCUGAACGUGAGCUGCCCGUUGUUUUUACUGAGAUGGAUGGUGGGUUCAAUACUGGCGGAGCUCCAAGGAGGAUUUCAUGGACCUCCAGGGGAAGCAGAACAAGGGAGAGUGGGGGGAUUCGGCGGGUUUUCCGCAAUUUCUUUUCUUUCUUUGGUAGGCUUAGAUCUCCGUCUCCUCAUUCGCAUUCGAUUUCCGAAUCUGCGACUACCGGCAGAAUUCGACCAGUUUUCAAUAGAACAUCUCGAAGGAGCAACAGCAACAGCAGCGCUUGGACAAUGGAAGAUAGCAGUGGGAUUCCUAGAUGGUGAUUUGGGUUUGGGUUUGGGUUUGGGUUGCGAAGGCUUGGAGGCCAAUCAAGAAAAGGGUCUCCCUUUAUUUUCUUCUUUAGCUGUCUGUGUUCUUUGAUCGAUCAUUUGAUUGGAUGGUAGUUCUUGUCCCCUUGGGGAAAAGUGAGAACAAUCGAAGGCACAGCUUUUUUUAAUCACUGUAAAUAGCAAA